CCAGAGCAGUACAGUGACAACCGUGGUAGCAGCAGCAGCAGAAAUUAUAUAUGACUUGUGCUGGCGCUAUUAUAUAGUAGAGGCGCAUAUAUUUUUGUUGUUUCGCUUUGUGUGCUGUUUGGUGAUACUUGGUCUAACGGUUAUGUAUAAUACACGCCAAAUUAUGCAAUAUACUUACUGCACGUGUGAAAAUCACUGAUUGGCGAAAAGUUUGUGAAAAAAAUUUAUAAAAAAGUGAGAAAAAUUUAAAAAGCGAAGAAAUUGUGUGUAAAAUUCUUGCUAGAAAAGUGUGUAUAAGGGGUGUGUGUGAAAAGUGGUGAAAAUGCUUUGGCAACGAUAGGCAGUGAAAAAAAUCGAAUUUCACAGCGCUCGUUUGGCCUUCGGCGCGUUGAACGCGAGUGAAAACGCGUAAUACUGAUAGCAAGCGCAAAUAAUUGCAACAAAAUCUGCAAAGAGUUGUUAAAAGAAUUGCAACGAGUUGAAAAUAAAAUAAAAAUUUCCCUAAAAGUCGCGAGUAAAAUUUGUUUUAUAGAAAAUUUUAAGCAAGCAAAGCAUCUGCCAGACUUUUCUUCAACGACCUCAAGCAGACAAUUGUCAUACAGGCAAAUUAUAAAAUCACAUUUUCGGGAGCAAUGAGCUGUUGUAUGGUUGUUAAAAGAAGACAAGGAAAAAAGAUAGUUCAACGCUAAAAUUUAGGAAACACUGCAAAAGAUCAAUAAGAAGACACUAGCCUGGAUAAAAAAGAUUGAGUAAUUGAUAAAAUUUUGCAAGAAAAAAAGCGAAAAAUAAAAAAGUUGAUGCAAACAUAAAGAAAUAUUUGUAGUUAUUGUACAUUGGUCUUCGUAAACCAUACUAAAAUUCGCGACACCGAAGAGGAUAACACUUGUUGCAACAACUCGGCUUACCUCAAAUAGAGGUAGACCAAUACGGACAGCGAAAAUACGCUAAAACCCAUAAACUUUAGUUAAAUAUGGCUCAAUACGGUGGUGGCGCACCAAACCCCUUCGGUGCUGGUGGCGGCUAUGAACAGCAGCCUAGCUAUGGCGGCGGUUAUGGACAACAGAUGGGCGGCUACGAACAAACUGGUGGAGGUUAUGAUCAAACAGGUGUAGGUUAUGAUCAAAGCGGUGCGGGCUACGAUCAAAGUGGUGGCUAUGGUAAUCAGGGCAUGGCUGGUAGUGCAGCUUAUGGUGGUGGCAUGCCGAAUGCCGGUGGAGUGCCACAACAGCCUUAUGGCAUGGCAGCACGUCCAAGGGUCGACGUAGAGGCUACUGGUGAAGUGGAUCCAACACUCUAUCCGGAAGCCAAAGAGUCAACGCACAAAAUACGCGGUCACUCUGAUAUUAUCGAAAUGCUUUUUGGGCCCACCGAACACGAACUCAUACCGGUGAAGGCCUUUUAUUUCUUCUUCUUUGCCGCUUUUGGUUCACUGUUUCCACUGAUGGGUGUCUACUUCAAACAGAUGGGUAUGAAUCCGGGGCAGUGCGGUAUAUUGAUUGGUAUGCGUCCAUUUGUGGAGUUCUUGUCGGCACCCUUCUGGGGUUCCUAUGCGGAUCGCUGCCGUCAAGGCAAAAAGUUGUUGCUGGCCUCACUCGCAUGUUGGGUGCUAUUUACUAUACCUUUGAGCUUCAUCAAACCAGAGGCUGUGAAUUGCAUCGAACGCAAGAAUGAAACCGAUUUCGUUUUGACUUUGACACGCACGAAGCGUGAUCUCUCCGCAUAUGACAUGAGCGACAUGAAUAAGGACGAUGUGGAGAGUUAUCAUUCUCAAGCGCAUUUACAUGACGCGUUAACAAUGCCAGCAAGCGAAGCGAUGGAGGAAUCGCAUAGAAGACGCAAACGUUCAUUGAUACCACGCAUUGAUGCCGGCAUCUCACCCAUACACAUCAACUUUGUCAGCAAUUACGAUGACAAACAGCAUCGUGACUAUGUUAGCCCUAUAUUCUCCUCGAUGGUUUAUCGCACACCCGACAUUCAAAAGGCUUUUUUCCUGCUCUUACUUGUCAUACUUAUUGGUGAGUUCUUCAGCGCUCCCGCCAUUACGCUCGCUGACUCAGCUGUCAUCACAUUGCUGGGCGACGAUGCUGAUAAGUAUGGUCAUCAGCGCAUGUUCGGCUCACUCGGCUGGGGUAUUUCUAUGUUCAUUGUCGGUAUUGUGCUCGAUCACUCGACACGUUUCUCGCAUCAUCCCUGCGGUGCCGGGCACAUGGAGAAGAACUAUAACAUCUGCUUUGCCAUCUUUUCGAUAUUGAUGACUUGCGCUAUUGUAUCGGCGUCGAAGAUCACUUUCAAAUAUGAUCCCAUCGACAUCGAACAGCCCGUUGAGAACCCGGAUGCCACCGCUAACAAACAGGCGGAGGAUGAGAGCAUGGCUGAGCUGGCUGCACAGCUGAAUUUGCCUACGUUGGCCAUGGGUAGUGGUACGGCGGCGGUCGGCAAGGCACCACCGGCCGCUGUGGGCGCACAGUCGACAAUGUUUGCACAGACGACUAAGGAAAUGCCCGAAUGGUUGACUGUGUUGACGCACUUCAAAGAUAUGAAAACUAUUUCGUUUCUAUUUGUCGCCUGGUUUAUGGGUUUCGGCAUUGGACUGAUAUUUACCUUCCUCUUUUGGCAUCUACAAGACUACGGCGGCACUCCAACGCUUUUCGGUGUUGCCUCUGUGAUUAAUCACGUAUCCGAGAUCUUUGCCUACUUCUACAGCUUUCGUUUCAUUACACAAAUCGGUCAUAUAAAGGUGUUAUGCCUGGGCUUAAUCGGCAAUGUGCUGCGAUUUUUGUACAUCUCAUAUGCGACCAAUCCGUGGAUGGUGUUACCGUUCGAGCUGAUGCAGGGCGUAACACAUGCUGCCGUAUGGGCCGCUUCCUGUUCGUACAUAGCGCACAGCACACCCAAACAUCUGAGAGCUUCAGCACAGGGCGUACUGCAGGGUAUACAUCAUGGUUUGGGACGCGGUUGUGGCGCCAUUAUUGGUGGCAUGUUUGUCACAUACUACGGCACUACGAAAACAUUCCGCGGUUAUGGCCUGGCUUGCCUCGUCGUCUUGGGUGUUUUCAUUUUCGUGAAUUUCUAUCGUAAAGAUCAGGGCUUCAUCUCGGAUUUGCCAGCAACGGAGGAUCCGCGUCAGGUAGCGGAAGAGACCUCACAUCUGGCGCCACAUGGUGUACCCAGUAAUCCAAUACCGCGUGCACUCUCCAAUGCACGUCUGAAUGAGAUGAAUCCAAAUGGUGGCACUGGCAAUAGUUACGGCACCUACCAGACUUCGGGCGGUAAUCUGGACAUACCUGGCGCUAAUCCACACAACCCAUUCGCGCAAUAAAUUGGACAAAGUAAAAUUUGGAUAAGACGGGAAAAUAGUUGAAUUGGCUGAAGUGUGAGCAUGGUGUAAGAGUGAGAGGAGAAUAUUUUUAGAUGAUUUUGCAUUUACAUAUGUCUUCGUAGAUCUUUUUUUUGGUAUGAGUUUCAUGAACAGUUUUGAUCAGAUCUAUUUGUAUAGUUUAUACAUACAUACGUAAGUAUAUUGGUAGAAUAAUAUUGUUAACAAGUCUAAUCGUAUAAUUAAUAAGAGACCGUAUUUGUAGUGGAGGGCGAUUACCUGGUUAUUAUUAUUCAACUAUUAUAAUUACUUCUUGCAUUAGGUUUUAAGUAAAAAAUUUCGUAUUAUCAAUAACAGUGUUACUAAACUUAUUAAUAUUUUGAUUAUACAUAAAUUACCAGUUACAAUCAAUUAAUGUAAUCAUUAUCCUUACCAUUUUCAUAAUUUUUCAUACUAUUAUUACAAUUUUUGGAAUGCCAUACAAUUACUUUUAACUAUUUAUUUUUAUUAAAACCAAUAUUCUCCUUAGGUAAAGUAUUGUUAAUCUGGUAAUGAUUACUAUUACCACCAUUACCGUUUGAUUACACCAAUUUAUUAUUUUUAUAUAAAAAACAUUACCAAUAAAGGUAUAAAUGCAAUUACACUACAUAUAAUUAUUUUGCAUUACUGCGCAGCAAUGUACAUAUUUUUUAAUUAUUUAUUUUUGAUUAAAACUUUUACUAAGUAAAGUAUUAUUAUUAUAAUCAUUAACACUGCAUUGCACGAACUUGCUAUCAUUAUUAUUAGUUCAAGACUAUUACCAGUAAUAUGUAUAAUUAAAAUUACAUUACAUAUAAUUAUUUCUUCAUUACUGUUCACUAACGUACUAUUUUAACUACUGAUGUUUUUUUUUUAAAACAGGUUUCUUACAAAAGCAAAGUAUUGCUAAUCUUGUAAUGAUUACUUUUAUAAUUACUACCAAUACUAUUGGAUUACACCAAUUUAUUAUCAUUAUUAUUGGUUCAAGACUAUUACCAAAUUAUUUAUAAUUAAAAUUACAUUACAUGUAACUAGUUUUUCAUUACAGCUGUAUUUAUUGAAGUAUUUUUGUCUGGCAACGGUUAAUAUUACCACCGCAUUCUACCAAUUUAUUAUUAUUAGUUCCAAACCAUUAUCAGUACAUGUAUAAUUAAAAUUACAUUACAAUUACAUUACAAUUACAUUACACAUAAUUACUUUUUCAUUCCUGUUCAGUAUUGUAGAUAUUAUGUGAAAUUUUUGAUUUUAGUAAAAGCAUUAUUCUUACGCAAGUAGAGCAUUGCUAGUCCGGUAAUGAUUACUAUUAUAUUACAACUAUUACCACUGUAUUACACCAAUUUUGUGUUAUUAUUAUUAGUUCUAAACCAUUACCAUUACAUUACCAUUACCAUGUAUAAUUAUAAUCACAGUACAUUUAAUUACUUUUCCAUUACAGCUCAGUAUUGUAGAAAUUUUGAAAAAAUUUUAUUUUUAUUAAAACCAGUAUUCUUACAAAUGUAAUAAUUACAUUGUUUAAUUAUAAUUACAUUACAAAUAAUUAAUUUUUCAUUACUGCUCAGUAUUGUAACCAUUUCGCAAAACUUUUAUUUUUGUUAAAACUAGUCAUCUUACAAAGGUAAUCAUUACCAAUACUAAUCUGGUAAUGAUUACCAUUACUAGUCUGGUAAUCAUUACUAUCAAUUUCUAAAUAUUUUAUAAAUUUUCGCUCUCUGCUAUUUCUUAAGUGUUACAUAUAAAAACUAACUGUCCUUUCGUUACACCGUUAGUUAAUAAAGUGAGCGGAAACGCAACACAAAAAUAGCUGUAUUAUAUUUAAUAGUAAAUUUUACAUUUCAUUAAAAAAAAGUUAGCAAAAUACAAUUCUAGAUGUGUUUAUUAUAAUUACAACUUUAUUGAACUGUUCAGAAAUAUAUUAAUAUGAAAAACUAUAAACUUUAGAUAUGAAAUGAGUUAAACGAAAAUACUACAUAUUUGAAGAGUAAGAUAUAAAAAAAAUAAAAUAAAUAAACGACAAAAGCAUAAAAAAA